UCGCGCACCACUGCUGUGUUCUUCGAAUAUAACCUACCAAGUGACAUUAUUCCGUUAUGUUAUUCCGGUGACGAAUGCGUGUACGACAUUAAAAAAAAGAAAAUACAGGAUGACCGCAAACAUAAAGAGGCGAAUUAAUUGGUGGAAUGAAUAUUAGAGAAUCAUGUUUCUGUGGCAAUGUUUUUUAUGACAAAUCGUAGUAGAGUGAUCGAAUGACAUGACUAUACUUUCGUUACGCAACAAGUACGAUUGUCACGAUUCAUAGGAAACAUGUUUAGAUUAGCAUGUCCCAUGGGUAAAAAUACCUUGAAUCGAGGGUUUUCCGAGCCUGGGAAGCUAGUAGCGAUUCAAAACUCGCGCUUUUUUGCAGUCGACAAAGAUAAAACGAAAGAAUACGAGGGCAGGAAACUCGUUGGAUUUUCCGUCGAGCAGAUGUACAACGUGGUGGCAGACGUCGAGAAUUAUAAAAAAUUUGUGCCAUUCUGUAAAAAAUCAGAUAUUUUAUCGAGAAACGAAGAUUCGUUGAGGGCCAGUUUAGUCAUCGGUUUUCCGCCGUUAAACGAGAGUUAUACAUCGAAAGUAACAAUGAAACGUCCGCAUUACGUGAAAGCAGAAUGUACCGAUGGCAAAUUAUUCAAUCAUUUGAAUACAUUGUGGAUUUUUACUCCAGGAUUGAAAAACAAUACAGAAACAUCGGUGAUCGAUUUUUCUCUCUCUUUCGAAUUCAAAUCAAUCCUUCACUCUCAUUUGUCAAACUUAUUUUUCAAUGAAAUCGUACGACAAAUGGAGAACGCCUUUAUCCAAGAAGCGAGAAAACGUUACGGACGUCCGUGCAUUAAAACUGUGAGAUUGGAGCGAUGAAUUUUUUAAUUGACAAUGCAAUUGGUUUCUCAAUUCAAAUCUUCCCAACAAUCUGACUUGAAUAAUUCUGUAAUCUUAGACGUGUAUUAUUUUUUUUUUUUAAAUAAAUAGACAAUUUUUUUCCCCUUUAUCGUUGUGUAUUUUUAAAAAACUAAUAACAUUCGAAUGAAAUAAUUUCUGUUGUUUGCGUGUUGCUGUUACAAUGACAAAUCGUCGUUUCCCCUAUUUCUUUUUUAGCCCAACUCAUCUUCGAUACAUCGACAAUAGACACUAUUCACAAACGCACUAGCAUCCAUACAAACGCACAUCAACAGUACAUCACUCACUAUACAGUUAUAAUUGCUGUUUGUUUAUACACAAAACGUUGAUCUCAUACAAUAAGAGCCUUCGUAGCGAAAAAUAAUCUUCCUGACAAGUUUUCAUCCUAAUGAAUUAUCACUAUAAGGUUUCAUAGUACUUUUUUAGUCCAGCGCAAUAUUAAAUCCAAUCAUGUAUAUUUCCAAGAUGACACUUGUAAAUACUGCAGCGUUUUAUACGUUUUGCGCGAUAAAUGACGGCUCAGGGUUUCACAAGAUGAGAAUUUUGUUUAACAUGUACGCUAGAUUAACAACAUUGUAAAAACUGAAGGAUUAAUGUUGAAGUGAAAUAUUGCCAAAUAUGUAAAACAAAGACUUGAAUAUAUUUAUGAAUUAUGUC